GCUGUUAACUACGCGGAACUAAAGAGUAUUGUGCUGCAUGUUUCAAGGGGGACCUGUUUACAGUCCCACGGACAAAAUCAUUUCCGGUUUCUUAACUCACGGAGAAACAACGCUGUGUGGCCUAAUCAGUAGAUUAGGUAGCUGGUCUUGUUUAUUCUUCGCCUACAUAUCAAAUUUAGGCUGUUCGUAUUAGUGGACAUAAGACGAAAACUAUGCCUCUGUCCGAUCAAGAACAGAGAGGCCCCAGGAGACGACGACGGAGCCGAUCUGGCAGCGGCAGUCGAUCUCGCGACUCCAGUCCAGUCUUUGGGCCCAUGCCCAAGGCCCCCAGAUAUGAAGAAGACCUUAAACCUCCCCGAAUGUCCGAGAGAGAAAGAGAAAUGAGAGAGAGAAAUGCCAAAAGGUUUCGUACGGAAAACCCCCGCAGUCGUUCUAGAUCUCGAGAGAGGUACAGUAACCACAGCUGGUCCGAUCAGCGCGGUGGCGGCGCUGGUAGAUACGGAGGUGGUGGUGGCAGGAAUGAUUACUACGAACGGGAUGAUGCUCAACGCCAGAGACAAGACGCUUUCAUCUCCAGGCGGCUACAAGAGAGGGAGAGAAUUGGUGAACUCGGAUCACCUGAAGUCUGGGGCUAUUCACCAAGAGUAAUGGCACCAGACUCUGAUGAACAUACCCCAGUUGAAGAGGAUGUGAAAAACAGCAGCUCAGAUUCUAGCUCAUCCGAUGAUAAGAAGAAGAAAAAGAAGAAGAAGAAAUCCAAAAAGAAGAAGAACAAGAAACACUCCAAUGACAGCGAGUCAGAGUCGGACUCUGGUGAUGAGGAAGUGAAAAAGAAGAAAAAGAAGAAGAGCAAAAAGUCAAAGAAGUCCAAGAAGAGGAAGGCGAAGAAGAACCGCAAGCAGUCAGCAAGCGACUCCAGCAGCGACGGGUCGGAGGAGGAUGCCAACGGGGAUCUGUGGGUGGAAAGGACCUGCAUCGACGAACACAUGGUGGGCCCUGAGGCCCCACUCACUCACCUGUCCCAGGAUGACAAGCCUCUCGAUUUUGGUCAUGCACUGCUGCCGGGUGAGGGUGCCGCUAUGGCAGAGUACGUGAAAGCAGGCAAGCGUAUCCCAAGAAGAGGUGAAAUUGGGUUGACCAGCAACGAAAUCGCAACCUUUGAGAUGUCUGGCUUUGUGAUGAGCGGUAGCAGACAUCGUCGUAUGGAGGCUGUGCGUCUGAGAAAGGAAAACCAGAUCUACAGUGCUGAUGAAAAGAGAGCUCUGGCAUCUUUCAACCAGGAGGAAAGGAGAAAGAGGGAGAGCAAAAUCCUCUCCAGUUUCAGAGAAAUGGUGUACAGGAAAACUAAAGGCAAAGAGGAGAAAUGAACCAUUUUGUUUCUCUCCUUUCAGAACUUUCAGCUUUGGAGACCAUUUUUUACAAACAUUAUCUUUCGUUAUUUAGUUUCCCAUCGUUUCAUGAUUUGAUAAUGUAAUUUUUCCCCUCUUUGUAUUGUGAACUAGGCCUAUAUUUUAAGCAUCUGACACAGUGGACUAUUUUGUUUAUGUAGAAAGUUGUCGGAAAAUGAAUAUUGGAAAGGGCUUGUUUUCCUGGGGUUACAAAGCAAACACAAGAAUGGACCAGGAAGCUAUACUUAGCCUAAUACAAAAUGUCUCUAUACACUAUUACAAUAUUGUGCAUCUCAACAUAAAUCAAAUCCAUCCCUGAACCUUCUACCUAUUAAUGUAACUUUUAAUGUUGGAAAAGUGCCUGUAAAAUCACAAGUUACGUGUUCAGGAUUAAUAAAUCAUUUAAAAAAUA